AAGUGAGCUCUGUCAAAUAGCUGAUUGCCCUCUUUAGCGGAUCUCUCUCUCUCUCUCUCUCUAUACAUUUUCACGUUCUCACUGUGCUGUAUAUAUUCUCGAGGGAACCAAAAGCGCAUCAUCACAUCCUCUUGCUCUCUCAACGUUCUCAGAUCUCUCUCUCAAAUCCCAAAUCCAAGUGAAAAAUGGCGCACAUUUUGCUACAUGGGACGCUUCACGCUACGAUCUACGAGGUGGACAACCUUCACAAAGGCGGUGUUGGCGGCCUUAAGAUCUUCCGCAAGCUUAAGGAGAACUUUGAAGAAACUGUUGGUUUUGGCAAAGGAGUUACUAAACUCUAUGCAACUAUUGAUCUAGAAAAGGCUAGAGUUGGGAGGACCAGAAUAAUAGAAAAUGAGUAUAAGAACCCCAGGUGGUAUGAGUCUUUUCAUAUUUACUGUGCCCAUAUGGCCUCAAAUGUUAUAUUCACUGUCAAAGAUGAUAAUCCUAUUGGGGCAACCUUAAUUGGAAGGGCUUAUGUACCUGUUCAAGAACUCUUGGGUGGGGAAGAAGUGGAUAAAUGGGUUGAAAUCCUGGAUGAAAACAAAAACCCUAUAAAUGGAGAUUCUAAGAUCCAUGUGAAGCUACAAUAUUUUGAUGUUACAAACGACCGUACUUGGUCUCGGGGUAUCAGAAGUCAUAAAUUUCCUGGAGUGCCAUACACUUUCUUCUCACAGAGACAAGGAUGUAGGGUUUCUCUGUACCAAGAUGCUCAUGUCCCAGAUAAAUUUGUUCCUAAAAUACCCCUUGCUGGAGGCACAUACUACGAACCCCACAGAUGUUGGGAAGAUAUUUUUGAUGCGAUCACUAAUGCAAAACACUUGAUCUACAUUACUGGAUGGUCUGUUUAUGCUGAAAUUUCCUUGGUAAGGGACUCGAGGAGGCCGAAGCCUGGAGGAGACAUCACCCUUGGUGAACUGCUCAAGAAAAAGGCAAGCGAAGGUGUUAGGGUUCUUAUGCUUGUUUGGGAUGACAGGACUUCGGUUGGUUUACUGAAAAAGGAUGGAUUGAUGGCCACUCAUGAUGAAGAAACUGAACAUUACUUCCAGAAUACUGAUGUGCACUGUGUCUUAUGCCCCCGAAAUCCGGACGAUGGUGGAAGCUUUGUUCAGGAUUUACAGAUCUCCACCAUGUUCACCCAUCACCAGAAGAUUGUCGUGGUGGACAGCGAGCUGCCUGCUGAAGGAUCACAAAAGCGGAGAAUUGUGAGUUUUGUUGGGGGUAUUGAUCUUUGUGAUGGGAGAUACGAUACUGCCUUUCAUUCACUUUUCAGAACAUUAGACACUGCACAUCAUGAAGAUUUUCAUCAGCCAAAUUUUGCUGGUGCUUCAAUCACAAAAGGUGGUCCUAGGGAACCAUGGCAUGAUAUCCACUCCCGGCUUGAAGGACCCAUUGCUUGGGAUGUCUUAUUUAAUUUUGAGCAGAGGUGGAGAAAGCAAGGUGGUAAGGAUCUCCUUGUUCAGCUAAGAGAACUUGAUGAGAUCAUUAUUUCCCCAUCUCCAGUUAUGUUCCCGGAUGACCAUGAGACAUGGAAUGUGCAGUUGUUUAGAUCCAUUGAUGGUGGGGCUGCUUUUGGCUUCCCAGAGACACCUGAAGAUGCUGCUAGAGCUGGGCUUGUCAGUGGCAAGGAUAAUAUCAUUGACCGAAGCAUUCAGGAUGCAUAUAUUAAUGCUAUUCGACGUGCAAAGAAUUUCAUUUAUAUUGAAAAUCAGUAUUUCCUUGGAAGCUGCUUUGCCUGGAGUGCUGAUGGUAUUAAGCCUGAGGAUGUCGGUGCUCUGCAUCUGAUUCCAAAGGAGCUUUCUCUUAAGAUUGUUAGUAAGAUAGAAGCAGGGGAGAGGUUCACUGUCUAUGUCGUUGUCCCAAUGUGGCCCGAGGGUAUGCCGGAGAGUGGAUCAGUUCAGGCAAUAUUAGAUUGGCAGAAGAGGACGAUGGAGAUGAUGUAUAAAGAUGUUAUUCAGGCUCUGAGAGCCAAGGGUAUUGAGGAGGAUCCUCGGAACUAUUUGACAUUUUUCUGCCUUGGGAAUCGGGAGGUAAAGAAGCAAGGAGAGUAUGAACCUUCAGAAAAACCCGAAGCUGAUUCAGAUUACUGUAGAGCCCAGGAGGCCAGGCGCUUCAUGAUCUAUGUUCAUGCCAAGAUGAUGAUUGUUGAUGACGAAUACAUAAUAAUUGGAUCUGCCAACAUCAACCAGCGAUCAAUGGAUGGGGCUAGGGACUCUGAGUUAGCAAUGGGAGCCUACCAGCCAUAUCAUCUGGCAGCCAGGCAGCCAGCACGUGGCCAGAUCCACGGUUUCCGUAUGGCUCUGUGGUACGAGCACCUUGGCAUGAUUGAUGAUUCAAUUCUUCAUCCUGAAAACGAGGAGUGUAUCAGGAAGGUGAACCAGAUUGCUGACAAAUAUUGGGAUUUAUAUUCAAGUGAGACACUUGAACACGACCUGCCUGGUCACCUGCUGCGUUACCCGGUUGGGGUUGCCAGUGAAGGAGAAAUCACAGAGCUGCCUGGAUUUGAGUUCUUCCCCGACACUAAGGCUCGUAUUCUGGGUACUAAAUCCGACUACAUGCCCCCAAUCCUUACUACUUAAUGGUAUUCCCACUUGGUUCAUGAAAAUAAUAACCUUUUACCUCAUCCUUACUUUUACAGUAUUAGUUAUAGUGGCCGUGCAAUAAAAACGUUUUCUAUGAUAACCUGCAGAGAUUAUAUUUCUGUCAGGAUGAUGUUUAUAGCACAGGAUCUAUAGGGAUGUGGUAAUUCCGUGUGAGUUUGAUGCUGACUGCUGUAACUUAUGAGUGUUGUUUAUUUGGCCUGUGAUUGUUUUUCUUUAUAUUAAAAAAAUAUAUAAAAUGUGUGGUUGAGUUAAAGAAA